AAAACGCCAUUAAUUUUCCAUCAAUUUUGGAACUCGCGAUUCCGACUCGGCUCAAACUCGGCAAUUGGAGACCGAGCGAGCACCGUUGGAGCCCAGGUCCAGUUAUGGAGAUUGGAGGGAGGCCCAAGAAUUUGGCGAUGGCGAGCUGAGCCCUGUCUCCUUAUCCGCUCCACGAUCGCGAUGCAAAAUCUCCCCGGCAGCAGGCGCGGCGCCAGAGGCGACGUCUUCCAUCUCCACCGCGUUUGAGAGUUUCAGAAGCCUCCGAAUUGUAAUCCAAUUCCCUCACGAUAAACUGAAUUUCCAUUUCUUCAAUUCGCCCAAUGUUUCAUCCGCAGCAGCCGCCUCCUCCUUCUUCUUCCUAUUUCCCUCCUCAACCCCACAUUGUAAAUGCUAUCCCUUCUGCUUUCCCUCCUUUUCCUCAGCCCGUUUUGCCCCCUGAGCCGGCCCUGCAUCCACCCGGCACCGACCCUUAUUCCAAUUCCGCCUUGUUACCCUCCACCUAUGUUGGAUUGGAAGGCCAACCCCAAUAUUAUGCUGCCCCAGUCGCUGCUUCUCAUAAUUGGGUCGUCCCACAGCCCGAACCCCUUGGAUAUGCAUUCAGUUCUUUGCAUGAGAAUCAAGUACCUUCCACAAGUUCUAAUGCUUUGCUGAGUGGUCAUUGGGCAACUCAAUCCUUGGAACACAAAGCAACUAGGAUGAAACAUGUGAAAACCAAGUUCACACAACCCGUGCGAUGUGAAGUUUGCAAGAUUGACUGUAACAGCAAAGACGUUUUUGAUAAACAUGUAAUCGGGAAGAAACACAAGAAGAAUUUGGAAGUGCAAAACAGUGCCUUGACAGUAAGUACUUCCUCUGAUAGUAACAUAAAUAUGCUUAACCAAAUGGGCAAGGUUAGUGGACAAGUGGUACAGGGGACUCCGGAUGUGCCUGCUGCUAGUAAAGAUCUGGAGACAAAGAAGCGCAAGCUUGUAGAUUGCAGUACAAAAUCAGAUUCUUCGAGGGUUUGUGCUGUAUGCAACGUUGUUUGCAAUAGUCAAGAGGUUUUUGAUAAACAUCUGAGUGGGAAAAAGCAUGCAGCUCAGGCUGGCUUGAUAUCCCAAAAUCCCUUUGUUGCUGCAAUGCGGUCUGCAUAUGAUGGCAGUUUGAAGAAAAAACCGAAAAAGAGCAAGGUUGUACAGUCUGCGUGGUGUGAGGUUUGCAAGAUCAGCUGUAACAGCAACGAAAUCUAUGUCAAGCACUUAUCAGGAAAGAAACAUCUGAAGAAUGCAGAGAAAGUCGAAAAGGGAAAGAGCGAUGCAGCUGCUUCACAUGCUCCACCAUCGGCAACCGAUCCAAUCAUUGGACCAGUGGAAAACCCAGCUGCCAACAACCCAAGUAACGACGAUACACAGAAAACACAGAAGAGUUCAGCCCAAACACCUGGAGAUUUGGAGACAAAGAAACGCAAGAUUGUUGAAAGUGGCACGGCUGCAGAUUCAGUUAAAACCUGCACCAUCUGCAAUGUGGUGUGCAAUAGCGAGACAGUCUUCAACUCUCAUCUAGCUGGCCAGAGGCACGCUGCCAUGGUGAAGAAACAAGCAGUGUCUGGAAUGUCAAUGGUAGGUCCUCCAUUAGUAACUGCACUUCCAAAUUAGUUUUUUCGGGAAAACCCACACCAUAUCGCGACCAAAUCACCGUGUAUUUGUAUUUUUUUGAUGUUCCCUUAUGUUCGUCUUGUGUUGCAUUUUCUCCUUCUUCAAGUUGUCGAGCUUAACAUUGUCGGGGCUGAGGGGCAUCAUAGGCUUCUAGUUUAAAGACUGGUGAUUUUGCUGUUGUAAAUCACAUUAUAUAGAUUACGGUACUGGUGUUAUUUCCAAGUUUAUAAUUCCUAAAGAAAACUUGUUUUGUGAAGGUUGAUUGUAAGAAAAUGAACAAGGUAAAGAUCUUCCAGUC